UGGAGGGUGGCGGGCGCGGGGGGGAGACGGGAAUUACAGAAAAUGAGUGUCAAGCAAAGCAAACAUCAAGUGCUUUCUCUUUUUCCGGGUCCUUAAAACGUAUGUAUCCCAGAUGAUUCAAGUUAGAAGGGAUGGAUGGGAAGGGAGGGAAGGGGAUGGAUGGAUGGAAAUUAGGACGCUUUUUUAUCGAAUGGAUGAGAAUUAGAUACUAACCUCUCAUCUUACCAAAAUAAAAGUUAUCAGACGACAAUGGCUUCGCACAAGAUUCAAAAGGCCAAUGGUGCCGCUCCUGCUGACGAGACUGAACUCUCCAUUGCUCAAGCUCUCGUUGAUUUACAAUCCAACAUUCCCGAACUCAAGCAAUUGUACAUUACUGCUGCCAAGGAGAUCGAGCUUGGUGCCGGUAAGAAGGCUAUUGUCAUCUUUGUUCCCGUUCCUUUGGUCAAGAGCUUCAACAAGGUUCAACAACAACUUACUCGUGAACUCGAAAAGAAGUUCUCUGACCGUCAUGUUGUCUUUGUUGCUCAACGUCGUAUCUUGGCUGUUCCUACCCGUCGUAACACUGGUAAGCAACCUCGUCCUAGAUCUCGUACUUUGACCGCUGUCCAUGAUGCUAUUUUGGACGAUCUCGUUUUCCCCACCGAGAUCAUUGGUAAGAGACUCCGUCAAAAGGUUGAUGGUUCCAAGACCCUCAAGGUCUUCCUCGAUGCCAAGGAUGCUACUUCUCUCGAGUACAAGAUUGAUUCUUUCUCUGCUAUCUACAAGAAGCUCACUGGCAAGGAUGUUGUCUUUGAGUUCCCCGCUAACGCUGAUCUUUUCUAAAUCUUCUUUUUUUUUUGGGAUAUCGUAUAUAUUUUAAAGAAUAAAGUAUAUAUUACAUAAAAAAAAGGUGUAUUUUGAGUUUGCGGGAUUGGCGUUUGUCGUACUGUAGAUUAGAAUAAGUUUUUUUUUUUUUUGGCUCUUCUGAAUCACAAGUUAAAUAGGGGUAGUAUUACACAAGGGAAAAAAAAGGAUGAAAUAGGAGAGGACAAGAUAUAUAUGAUUUUUUUUGGGUAAACACUGAUCAACAUCUAUUUAUACAUGAAAUAAGAAAACGUAUAUCAAAAUACAAUGCAGGAGAACCAAGUUAAAAAACAAGCCAUCAUAUGCAAUAAUAGAGAAUACUCUUUUUUUUUGUUACAGACCCCAAUAAGGGAAACUAAUCUCAUG